ACUAUGACUUGUGUCAGCAGCUCUGUUCCAGUCGGGGAGCACUGUUGGAUCUCCUCACAUCUGCUCAGCCUCUCCAGAAUGGUUGAGCCCAGCCCUCCAGCGCUGCACCUCCUCUCCGGUGGGGAUGUCAGUAUGGCUGGUGUCAAAGUAGAACAGGAGGAGUCCAGCGAAGGAGGCGGAGUUAUCACAGAUGCCGAACCUCCUAAGACAUCUCCCUCACGUGAUUGGUCUGGGAAUCAGCCACUGGAGGCCCGCCAGCUGACUCCACCACUGUCCUGCUCCCCUUCGGAGGGGUCUCCAGGUAAGGAGCUGCCUCACAGGCAAAGCCCCAUUGGACUGAAGGAAGUCAGGACACAUGAUCGACCAGAGGGCCAAUCCACCUUCAAGGAAGUAAUGCCUACCAUUGAGAAGCUGCUGAAUGCUGACUGGAAGGAGAAACUUCUGGAUAAAAGCACAGUGGGGGCAGGACAACUGAAAGGUACCCCCGAGUCUCUGGCAGAAAAGGAGCUCCAGUUGUUGAUGAUGAUCAACCAGCUGAGUGGUCUGAGGGAGCAGCUCCUGGGAGCCCACUCUGAGCAGAGGAACAUGGCCGCCCUGCUGCUGGAGAAACAGCAGCAGCAGAUGGAGCUGGCUCGACAACAACAGGAACAGAUUGCCAAGCAGCAGCAGCAGCUGAUCCAGCAGCAGCACAAGAUCAACCUGCUUCAGCAACAGAUCCAGCAGGUGAACAUGCCCUAUGUGAUGAUCCCGGCUUUCCACCCCAACACCCAGGCCCUUCCUGUCACCUCUGACCCCCAGAUGACCCUGCCACUGCAACCAAUCCCCUGCAAGCCAGCUGUGGACUAUCCUAUGCAGCUGCUGCCAAACCCUCACCCCACCCCUGUCAAGAGGAGCAGUGGUUCCUUCCGACAGGAAGCCAGUCAACCCUUGAACCUGACCUCCAAGCCAAAGGGGCUGGAGAUGGGGAAAACACCCAGUCCACAGAGCCUGGAGCUUGGAUCGCUGGCACUGCAGGGAGCCUACAGACCCAGAGAUCUCCAGAGAGAAGUGUCCCACAGUCCACCACGAUCUGCCCUCAGUUUCCUUGGAGAUGGCGACGUGGUCACCCAGGCCAUCCACGAUGCCCAGCAGCUCCUGAGGAGCCACAGCGGUGGAGGGCGAGAGAGGGAAAGAGACAGGGACAGAGAGAGAGACAGUGGUGGAAAGAUGGAGUAUAAAGAUUCCCCGCACGGUGAGAGAAUUUCUCACUCUGAGCGUGGUGAAGACAGACAUGGCAUGCUGUCCACUGAGGACCACCUCAGCAGUGACUCUGAGGGUGCCCUGCCCGUUUCAGUCCCAGGCAGCUACACUGAGGCCCGGCCCCCUCCUUCCUCAGGCCACAUCAAGAGACCCAUGAAUGCCUUCAUGGUGUGGGCCAAGGACGAGCGCAGGAGGAUCCUGCAGGCUUUCCCUGACAUGCACAACUCCUCCAUCAGCAAGAUCCUGGGUUCCAGGUGGAAGGCCAUGUCCAACCAGGAGAAGCAGCCUUACUAUGAAGAACAGGCGAGGCUGAGCCGGCAGCACCUGGAGCGCUACCCCGACUACAAGUACAAACCCCGGCCCAAACGGACGUGCAUUGUGGAGGGACGGAGGCUGAGGGUGGGCGAAUACAAGGCCAUGAUGAAGAACCGCCGGCAGGAACAGAGAGCAACCUACACACACAGUCAAACGGAGCCUCAGCAAAUCCACUACUCUCACAGUGAUGGCCAGUACCCGGGUGGCGCUGGCUCAGUCUCUGUGGCAACCAUGCCCUUUCACCCCGCGUUACUGGAGCAUUACCUGCCACAGGUCCCGCCCAACCCGCGUCGGGUGGAGGGCCACGCCACCCCCACUUCCCUGCCCAGAGAGAGAGAGAGGGAACGGGAGAGGGAACGAGAGAGGGAGCGUCCGCCGUACAGCGAAGGAGAGGAAAGUGACGGGGGAGAAAGGAGUGAGGGCGAACUGGUGCUCCUGACAGACUGAAGGGGGUGGGGAGGGGAGGGGUUACAAAAAAAAAAAAGGAAAAUAGAGGCGAGGGAUGGGAGGGGAGGGUAGCAGAAGAAGAAGGGGUGCUCUUCAUUGACUGGCAGUCAGAGAGGAAGAAUGGAUGAUGAACUAUGGAAAACAGGGAGGGAUUAAGUUGUCACUGAAUGAGAAAACUGCUCCUCUGUAAGGAGAUGUCACACUGAUUCCCUUGUAAAUUAGCACAGUAACACAUACACAUAAAGGCAAAUUCUUAUGCUACUUGUUUCCCUUCAUUGACAUCAUGUCAAUGUUAGAAUGCAUCCCAUCAUUUGUGUUAGAAUGCAGCAGUUGCGGUUUAUUAUACUGCUUAGGUUUUUCCCAUGUUAGACUUUUGACAAACCAAAUGGCACCCACACUUAUUGGAAGAAAGUGUAAAUGGAACCAUAAAAGUUCAGUAGAAUCCCUGUUUUCACCUGUUGGUCUGCUGAGGGACCAUGGAGCAGCACAGUAACUUCUCACUGGUUGAAGCAACAGGCCUGUGAUGACACCUUAUGUUAUCUAUGAGUCAGUAUUGCCCUCUGCUGGUAAAGGCUGGUUAUUGCUAAAUGACACAGAGAAGCAGAGAAUGUCAAUUUUCUCAUGAAGUAUCUUAGUGUAUAAAUCUGUAUAAAUGUAAGCUAAAAUGUGUGGGUUUGAGAGGUGUCAGGCUAUUAAAAAAGCUACACAAAUUUAACAAUACUGAUUCCAGGAUACAAAAAUAAUUACAAAGCACAACAUUGCAAAAAAAAAAAAAAAAAAAAAAAGGCUUGAUGAAGUCAGAUAGUAUUUGGAUCAAAACAUUGCCUUUUUGAAUAAUUUUAUGUAUUGUGGUUAGUGUGCAAGUGGGCAAGUUGUAACACAAAUUAAGUCUUGAAGAAAGACUGGGGGAAAGAAUGGAGGAAUUAAAAGCAUAUUUCAGCAGCAGCAGUUCAUCAGACUGAAUUAGAAUCACAUCACAGCAGCACCAUUUGCUUUUUAAAUCAAUCUCAUUGGAAAGAGAACAUGACAGGUAUCAGUCACUACUUCAUGUAUAAAUGGUGGGUCUACAGAGAGUUGCAUUCACUGACAGAAUAAAUGUUCAACUUAAGGGGUUUCUCACUGCACCUAAUGGUUUUCAAUCCAGUACCAAUUAAAUUAUUUUGAAGAACACCUGUUGUGACCCAGGCAAAACAAUCAAACCCUCCUCUUCCUCGCCCUCCCAUAUUACACUGUUCAUUUGAGCUGUGCUGUGUUAUGCUGUAUUUGUGUGUCUAUCAGUUCCCUCUUCAUAGCAUGGUGGGUUGACCUCAGCCUUACCUAUUUUUUAUACCUCUGUGUUUGCUUCUUUGAGUGUUUAUUGAUUGUUGUGUUGAGCACUUCCUAUCAGUGUAUUCAUAUGUCUGCCGUUUUUGCCUCUUUUGAAAUGUGGCCUCCCACACCGCUGGAAAAAAUAUCCAACAUGUUUAUUUGUUUUUAUUUUUUAUUUUUUUAUUUUUUUAAUCUUGAAAAACUACUUUGAAGAUUUUUCAGGAAUUGUCAUUUUCUUGGUACGAGUGCAUUGGGCCUUGUUCCAAAGUAUUGACAUUCUGACAUUUUUCUCAAAUUUCCUGAGGCUACACUGGAUUUAGUUUCAGAUUUGAAGACUGAAAGUGAAACUAAAUAACAUAUUUUGCCGUGACAGAUCAAUCAGUAUGCUAAACAGUUGUCUUCUCAUUUCAUCUUUUAAUUUCCUGUUCCACAAACAUCUAACAGAUGUUUGUUUCACAUUGGAGAACAAGCUGUUAUUGGUUGGUGAGAUGUAAGCCCCUCUCCCUUGUGGUGGAUACAAAUGUCAAGUGAUGGUUAUGAGAUGCUGAUGUGACAACACUGCCCAAAGUGAAAGGAGUUCACUUUCGUUUUUGAGAGACUUAACCACUGGUGAAAUGAGAACACAGACACCUAAAAUAUCCACAAGGCCUCAGCUCUCAGUACACCAUUGGCUAUGGUGCUGCAUGUUAGCUUGCUGAGCUAUAUUAUGAUUUAUAUAAGCACUAAGCAUAUGCCUGUGCUAUGUUCUUUUAUAGUAAGGCAGCAUUCACAGGUGGAUGUUACUAUGCUGGUUGAUUUAGAAAUUUAUGCUGAAAACCAGUUUCAAAACUGUUUAAGCUUAUGUCAUAUUUCUGUACUGUUAGCUGUGUGUGUUAGCUCCAAUACCAGCACAGGGUAAGCUAAAUGCUGCUGAUGCUAACGGUUUAGCAUACAGGGUGUUAAGUGCCUCUAAGUUACAGAUUGGACCAAAUAACCAGCUUAAAAGUCAAAUGUUGAGUAAUCUUAGCUUCAUUUAUAGUUUUACGUCAUAAAUAGGUACAGUUGAAACAAAAUUUAAUUUAAAAAAAAAAGUGUUCAUAACUACACUGCUUUCCAGAGUUAAUUUGGUGCUAGAGUUUUGGCAGACUGAGUAUGCCAGAAUCAAUCCUCAGCAGUAAAACAGUGCCUGAAAUAAACCUGCUACAUCCUGUGCAGCAUGUUUUGUUAAUAGCAUAUUACUAUUAGUCUGUAGAGAUGUGUGGCCACCACUGGGCUCCUGGGUAGUUUUGGUGUCUUUCUGCUCUCAACAUUCAAUAAUCAUGUUGACCAAUAGGACAAUGUGUAACUCACUACGCCUAAAUAACACUGGGGUCAAUCCACCUUUAGCUAAUGGCACAGUUGACAAAUCAAAAUGGCAGGAAAGGACAAAUGUCAGACCUCUGGGUUGGGGCUGUGUAGAGUAAAGAUGCUGGCUUUUGUGUACAGAGACUGAUAUCAGAGGAAAAUGUUUAUCUUAUUUUGGUGGAGACACGCUGAAAGUCUCCUGUCGUUACCCCUGCUGAUGUAAAUAUAGAAAGAGACUAUUUUGUUUAUAAGAGCUUGUGUAAUUUAAAGGUGUACAUUUCUCUAUGUUUUCAGAGUUGUGUGUUUUUUUUUUCCUGAAAGAUAAUAAAUUGGUUGUGUUAA